UUGUAUUACAUAAAAUGUGUAAAUAAACUGUUAUAAAUUAAACAGUUUAAAUUAAUGAGUAAAUGAAUGACAGUUUUCUGUUUCCUCUUUUGUAGUUCCUCCUUCAGUUCAGCUGUAAAUACUGGAAUAUUCCCAUCAGCCUACAAGUGAAGACGAGCAUCAGACCAUCAGGAAGAAGAGAAAUCUGCAAAGACAGAGUUUAUUGAAGGACAGUGAGAAGAUGAGUGAUCCAGAACCCUGCAGAAUUAAACAGGAAGAGACUGAAGAACUAAUAGAUGUGAAGGAGGAGAGUGAAGAACUGAAUGAAGAUGAGGAGGAACAUCAUGUCAAAAGUGAAGAAGAAACUCAAUCAGAGACUGAACAUUUAUCUUCUCUACAAACAAACAACAAUCACAACCUGAUGGUGAAGAAAGAGGAAAGUGAAGAACUGAGUGAAGACAAGAAGGUCCAUGGUAGUGUUCAUACAGAAGUGAAGUCAAAUUCAUGCUCUUUGUGUGGAAAGAGUUAUAAACAGCCAUCGCAUUUAAAACAACACCAGAAGAUUCACACUGGAGAGAGACCGUACAGAUGUGGUCAAUGUGGGAAGAGCUUCAGACAAUCAUCCACCCUUAAUCAACACAUGAAGAUCCACACUGGAGAGAGACCACACAAAUGUGACCAAUGCGGUAAAACAUUUUUGAGGACUUCAGAGCUGAAGAAACAUCUUAGAGUUCAUACAAAGGAGAAGCCUUAUUCAUGCUCUGAGUGUGGAAAGAGUUUUAGUCGUCUGUCAAAUUUAAAAGAACAUCAGAAGAUGCACACUGGAGUUAAAGAGCAUGUGUGCUUUGAGUGUGGGAAGAGUUUUAGUAGAGCUCAAGUACUGCAAAUACACCAGAGGAUCCACACGGGAGAGAAACCGUACAAGUGUUCACACUGCGACAGGAGAUUCAGUCUGUUACACUCUCUGAAAUCACAUGAGAGGAUUCACACUGGAGAGAAACCGUACACAUGUACUCGGUGUGGAAAGAGUUUCAAAAAUUCAUCACAACUUCGUCAACACAUGAUGAUCCACACGCGAGAGAUAACACACAGAUUCAGGCCAAAUUCAUGCUCUUUGUGUGGAAAGAGUUAUAAACAGCUGUCGCAUUUAAAACAACACCAAAGGACUCACACUGGAGAGAGACCGUACAGAUGUGAUCAAUGUGGGAAGAGCUUCAAUCAAUCAUCAACUCUUAAUCAACACAUGAAGAUCCACACUGGAGAGAAAACACACAAAUGUGACCAAUGCGGUAAAACAUUUUCGAGGCCUUCAGAGCUGAAGAGACAUCUUAGAGUUCAUACAAAGGAGAAGCCUUAUCCAUGCUCUGAGUGUGGAAAGAGUUUUAGUCGUCUGUCAAAUUUAAAUGUACAUCAGAAGAUCCACACUGGGGUUAAAGAGCAUGUGUGCUCUGAGUGUGGGAAGAGUUUUAGUAGAGCUCAAGUACUGAAAAUUCACCAGAGGAUCCACACUGGAGAGAAACCAUACAAGUGUUCACACUGCGACAAGACAUUCAAUCAGUUACAAAACCUGAAAUCACAUCAGAGGACUCACACUGGACAGAAACCUUACAAGUGUUCACACUGCGACAAGACAUUCAGUCAGUUACACACUCUGAAAUCACAUAAGAUGAUCCACACUGGAGAGAAACCUUACAAGUGUUCACACUGCGACAAGACAUUCAGUCAGUCAUACACUCUGAAAUCACAUAAGAGGAUUCACACUGGAGAGAAACCGUACACAUGUACUCGGUGUGGAAAGAGUUUCAAACAAUCAUCACAUUUUCAUCAACACAUGAAGAUCCACACUGGAGUGAAAACACAAAAAUGUGAUCAGUGCGACAGAACAUUUUUGAGGCCUUCAGUGCUGAAGAGCCAUCUCAGAGUUCAUACAAAGGAGAAAUCAUGUUCUUUAGCUCCAUCAGAAACUUAAUCAGUCCCCCGCUCAAACAAAUAAAGGAAACACUUAACAUCCUAGAUCUGAAUGAAUAAAAUAUUCUUAUUAAAUACAUUGUUCUUUGAAUAGUUGAAUGUGCUGACAACAAAAUCAAAGAAAAAUGAUCAAUGGAAGUCUAAUUUAUUAACCAAUGGAGGUCUGGAUUUGGAGUCACACUCUAAAUUGAAGUGAAAAAACACUACAGGCUGAUCCAACUUUGACGUAAUGUCCUUUAAACUGAUCAAAAUGAGGCUCAGUAGUGUAUGUGGCCUCCACGUGCCCGUAUGGCCUCCCUACAACACCUGGGAAUCCUCCUGAUGAUGUGGUGGAUGGUCUCCUUAGGGAUCUCCACCCAGACCUGGACUAAAGCUUCCGCCAACUCCUGGACCGUCUGUGGUGCAAUGUGGCGUUGGUGGAUGGAGCGAGACAUGAUGUUCAACAUGUGCUCAGUCGGAUUCAGGUUUGGGGAAUGGGCGGGCCAGUCCAUAGCAUCAAUGCCUUCAUCUUGCAGGAACUGCUGACACACUCCAGUCAGAUGAGAUCUAGCAUCAUCUUGCAUUAGGAUGAACCCAAGGUCAACUGCAUCAGCAUUGGUCUCACAAGGGGUCUGAGGAUCUCAUCUCGGUACCUAAUGGUGGUGUGGCUACCUCUGGCGUGCGCAGAGUGGAUGGAGAGAGACAUGAUGUCCUACAUGUGCUCAGUUGGAUUCAGGUUUGGGGAAUGGGCGGGCCAGUCCAUAGCAUCAAUGCCUUCGUCUUGCAGGAACUGCUGACACACUCCAGCCACAUGAGAUGUAGCAUUGUCUUGCAUUAGGAUGAACCCAAUGUCAACUGCAUCAGCAUUGGUCUCACAAGGGGUCUGAGGAUCUCAUCUCGGUACCUAAGGGUAGUGUGGCUACCUCUGGCGUGCGCAGAGUGGAUGGAGAGAGACAUGAUGUCCUACAUGUGCUCAGUUGGAUUCAGGUUUGGGGAACGGGCGGGCCAGUCCAUAGCAUCAAUGCCUUCAUCUUGCAGGAACUGCUGACACACUCCAGUCAGAUGAGAUCUAGCAUCAUCUUGCAUUAAGAUGAACCCAAGGCCACCUCACCAAUUUUUUUUUUCAACAUGGGAACAACAAUCGCAGUUGGUAUUGCAGAGGGGUCUUCCAGACAGUUGACUCUAACGGAUGUAUUUACCUACCAGAAGGAUGGAGCAAGCUAAAAUGGCGCUCUAGGCGAAUGGCAAUCACGCCGCCCUCAACCCGAAAGUGAAAAAGUGACCGGUUUGCGGAUGAAAGUGAGGACCGGGAGGGAGGGAGUGGGUGUCGCGGAUGAAAGUGAGGACUAGGGGGUUCGUGGACGCCACCCUUACUAUUCUGCUACCCUAGGCGGCCGCCUAGGUCGCCUCUAUGGACGCGUCGGCCCCGCCUGCCAAUGCAAAUAUAAACAUGACAGCGCAAAAUGGCACACACUCACAGACAGGUACCAUUAUAUAGCUAAAAAGAUGUAGCUGUUAAACACACUUGAAAAACCAUCAUAUAAAAAAAUAUGCUGCAAACAUUUAACAAACAGUCCUGUCUUGGAAUCUGCCUGAUUAUAAAAAAAAAAUGGCGGCUGAGAUGCAUUAAAAGU